AAAAAAGUUUGAGCAGCGGUUUAGUGGUGAAAAUGUGCAUACUUAAUACGUAGGUAAUUUAUUUAAAAAAACACAGUAAUAGAAAUUUAAUGGAAUGGAUAGAUACCCAAAUGUUGAAAAAAUUGGCGAGGGAACGUAUGGUGUAGUUUAUAAAGCAAGAGAUGUUGAAACUGGCAAGGAAAUCGCAUUGAAGAAGAUCAAACUUGAGAAUGAACCAGAGGGAGUCCCAUCCACAGCUCUGCGUGAGAUCUCGGUCCUACGCGAGCUGUGCCAUCCCGCUGUGGUGCAGCUGCUGGACGUGCUGCUCACUGAAAACAAACUGUUCCUUGUCUUUGAAUUCUUACACAUGGACCUCAAGAGGCUUAUGGACAUUUACAAGGGCCCCAUGCCACAUGACCUUGUUAAGAGCUACUUAGCGCAGCUGCUAGAGGGCAUCGCGUACUGCCACUCGAUGCGCGUGCUGCACCGCGACCUGAAGCCGCAAAACCUGCUGGUGGACGGCGAGGGCCGCGUCAAGCUCGCGGACUUCGGCCUCGCGCGCGCCUUCGGCAUCCCUCUGAGAGCCUACACGCACGAGGUCGUCACUCUCUGGUACCGCGCGCCGGAGAUCCUGCUCGGUGCCAAGUUCUACUCCACCGCUGUAGACGUGUGGAGCCUCGCCUGCAUCUACGCGGAGAUGGCGAGCGGGCGCACGCUGUUCCCGGGCGACAGCGAGAUCGACCAGUUGUUCCGCGUGUUCCGCGCGCUCGGCACGCCCGGGUCCAGCGUGUGGGCGGGCGCGCGCCGCCUGCCCGACUACCGCGCGCACUUCCCGCGCUGGCCGCCGCGCACGCCGCACUCCCUGCUGCCCGACGCGCUGCGGGCCGACCCGCACGCCGCCGCGCUCUUCGACGCCAUGCUGCGAUACGAGCCCAGCCGCCGCCUGCCCGCGCGCGCCGCCCGCCAGCACCGCUACCUGCAGGACGUGACGCUCGUGCGACCCGUCCUCACCCCCCUCACCGCCGAAACCUGACCUCCUCGUUCUGCGGUCACUGCGGUAAGGUUUAUUACAGUGAUCGCCGAGUGAAACUCUCAAUGUAAGAAAACGCGAUUAAUAAUAGUUUGUUUCGAUCGAUCUCGGCGAGUGUACGCGACUAAGAAAAUUGAAUCGAAUUAUUUUGUAUUCACGGUGGUGCUCCUCCGGUUUAUGAGGUCUAAUAAAAUAUUUUUAUU